AUGACCCAGCCUCGCACAGCGUUGCCGGCGUCGCACGACCACCCCCUCUCCCCACCUCUCGACGCGCCGACGACCGUCUUCUUCCCCGACCCGCGCGACGACCUACUCAACUCGCGCACCGACAAUACGCCACCCCUGUUCCCCGCCUCGCCACCCGACAACUCGCCGACGGCCGAGUUCUCGCGUCGGACAUCGGUCGCGACCCUCCUCGCCCGCUCGAGCAGCUCGCAAGGCGUCGAGGGCGGCAUCGGGCUCGGCCUGCCCGCCUCGACGACCUCCAGGCGAGAGAGCCGCGAUCGACCACCCACCAUCACCUCGGGCGGGACGCGCUCUCGAGCCGCCUCCUCGCCGUCCCCGUCCCCUUCCACCCCUCUUCCCCGACACCUGUCCUUCCCGGCGCCGCCGCAUGCCCUUCAACCCGUCGCCCUCACCUCCAUUCCGCUCGGGCACCUCGUCGCCCUUGCGCAGGCGCUCUCGGCGCAGCUCGAGCAAGCGCAGGCGUCCCUGCGAGAAGGGCGCGCCGAGCUGCGAGCGCUCGAGACGCUCGCGGCCGAGAAGACGGCGAGCGAGGGUGAGAUCGAGCGCGCAAAGGUGCGCGCGAGGACCGAGCUGCGGGAACAGGAGGGCAGGGGAGGGAGCCUGAGCAAGGCGAGGCGACGGGCCAAGGGCGAGGGCGAGGGCAAGAGCCAGGACGAGUGGCGGAUCGAGCUCCCGGCGCGCGAGGGGGAGGCGGCUCCUGAAGGACCUGCCCAAGUCGAGGUCGACCUCGACAUCGAGGACCUCACCGAGGCCAUCUCGUCCAACGCGUUCGACUUGGGCCUGUCGAGCCCUAAGCCGACAGAGCUUAGCGACACCGCCUCGAUCCGCUCGCACGCCGUCUCGCUGCCCGUCCCGUCGACCUCGACCCUCGACGACCCGUCCGACGCCGCGUCCGUGUCGUCCUUGCCCCUGGCGACCGGUACCGUCGCACCGUCCACCUCGGCGCCCGACCCUCCCGUCAUCCCCUCGACGUCCAAGCCUGUCCGGCCGCGGCACGCGUCGCUGUCGGCGCGCUUCGUCGGCUACAUCGCCGGGGCGCCCACGUCCUCGACGUCCGCCUCGGCGCCUCCCCUGCCGACCGCGACGAGCUCGGCGCCCGUGCCACCUACGGCGGUCGACUCGCCGUCGCCCAAGAAGCGCUCGGGCCGCUCGGGCAGCAUCCGGAGCGUGAGCAGCACGGCGUCCGGGCGAGCGGGCUACGGCGAGUGGCUCGGGUGGAAGAGCUGGGGGCGCAGUGGGACGGGGAGUAUCAAGGAGGGACGGGCGAGCGAGGGAGAGGCAGAAGAUCCAGGAGGCGUGGACGAGGAAGGCGAUGGCGGCGACGACGUGGAGGAGCGGGCGAGCAGCGGUCGCCCUCGCGGCUCGUCGACCGCGUCGAGUACGGGGCCGUCGACGCAGGACGUCCCUGUAUCGCCGUCGUCGAGCCGGCACUCGUGCCGCACCCGCUCGACCCUCGCCACGACCUUGCCGACCUCGGCGCCUUCGUCCCCUCCCUCGACAAGCCGCGCGCUCGACCCAAUCACCCCGACCGCCUCGUCCGCCGUCAGCCCAGAUCGUCGUCGUUCGAGCGCCUCGUCGCCCUCGCUCCACCCGCCCGACUCGCCCACCCUGACUCGGGCUCGCAGUCCCGGGCCGCCGCCCUCCAUGGUUUCCGCCGCGGCGCAGGGCACGGCCUCGACCAUCCUCUCGACGCCUCUUACGACGUCGACCAUCUCGGCGCCGUCGAUGGCGUCGCCGAACCGGCUCGGCGGCAAGUCGCACCCGGCGUCGCCCGCUCGCUCGCCGUCGUCGAAGAGCCUUUCUCUGCCCGACGAGCCGAGAGAGGCCGCCAAGCGCACUCGAGCGCUCGGCGACGACGAGGGCGAGGCGACCAUCAAGGCGCGAUCGUCGGCUCGCGGCGGCGAGGCGCACCCGUCGUUCGUCCCCGGCGUUCCGCUCUACUCGGCGCCGCCUGACGGCCCGAGUCGCGCCGCGCCAUCGACAGACUCGAGCUACGUUGCGGCGGCGCGCGGGACGCUCAGUCGAGCGCUCGGCCUCGGCGCCGGCGGGACCGCGAGCACCUCGAGCGCGAGCAGCUCGACCUCGUCGCCGGCGGCAGGAUCGCCCGCGCCCGAGCCCAACCUCACCGUCUUCCCUCGCCUACCUUCCCUGUCCCUCUCGCGCUACUCGCCCUUCGCGCAACCCGCCUUGUCGACCCCGGCGACGCACGUGUCCAUCUCGGCGUCCUCGGCGUCCCUGCCCGCCAUGACCGCCUCGCACCAGCCGUCGCCGCUCGUCCCGCAUACUGCGACCCUCACGUCGACGGCCGGCGGCGGCGGCGUGCAGACGAUGGAGCUCGACACGAUCUCGGGCGAGGCGGCGCCGCCGUCGCUCGCGCUAGUCAAGCCGUCGUACCAGUCGGCGUCGGCGGCUCGCGACGGCGCGCCGGCGACCGACGACGAGGACGGCGACGGGCCCAUGAUCGACCGAUACGGCUUCAUCUACGACGUCCGGGCGGGCAUGGAGCUGCUCAAGGAGAGCCGGCGGCGCAAGGACGGCCAGUCGACCAAGGCCGGCUCGAGGUCGGUCAAGAAGCCGUCGAUCAAGGACCUGCCCGCCGCCACCGCCCUGCAGCAGCCCAACCGCGUCGACACGCUCCUCACGCCGCCGACCGAGCUCGAGGUGCAGCCGCAGCUCGACGCGCUGCGCGAGGCGAUCGGCCUCACGCCCACGACCGAGGCCAACAAGACGCUCUCGACGCCCGCCACGCCUGAUCAGCGCUCGCCGUCGCCGCGCGACCCGGCCCCGACCUCGUCCGCGACUGGCCCGGCUACGGCCUCGACCUCGAGCGGCCCGAGCGCACGUCCCGCCAAACUCGUCCGCGCGCCUUCAUCCUCGACGACGGCCUCGACCGAGUCGAGAGCGCUCAGCGGCACGAGCAGCACGGCGGCGGCGGGGCCGCAGAGCAUGCGCGCGCUCCUCGCCCAGCUCCGCAGCAUGACGGACGCGGUCGACAAGGUGCAGCAGGACGCGUGGGACGCCUUCAUCCGCCGCCGGCAGGCCAAGCUCGCCAAGAUCAAGGCGCAGCACCUGUCGGACAUGUCGAACGACGAGGUGUCGACCGGCGGCGGCCCCGGCGUCGCGCGCGACCGGCCCAAGUCGGUUUGGCUCGCGGCGGUCGCAGGGGACGAGGCGGCGAGCGCGAGCGGCUCAGGCGGCGGCGAGGAAGGGUGGGCGAGCGAGAACCUCGUCGGCGUCGCGCAGAUGGGGACCGAGAAGAAGGGCAAGAAGGAGGACUGGAGCGAGUUCAAGGACCUCGUGCGCAAGGGCAUCCCGAUCGCGUACCGGCCCAAGAUCUGGGGCGAGUGCUCGAGCGCCAACGAGGCUCGAGAGCCGGGCGUGUACCAGGAGCGGCUCGCUCAGCCUUCAACGCCCGCCGAGGCGCAGUGCCUCAAGCAGAUCGACAUGGACUGCCACCGGACCUUCCCGACCAACGUCUUCUUCGCCGGCAACGGGCCGGGCGUCGCCAAGCUGCGCAACGUCCUCGUCGCCUACUCGAGGCGCAACCCCAAGAUUGGCUACUGCCAGGGCAUGAAUAACCUCGUCGCGACUCUCCUGUUGACGCACCCUGCCGAGGAGGACGCCUUUUGGGUGCUCGUGUGCAUCAUCGAGAACAUCCUCCCGUCCGACUACUACACCUCGCAUCUACUCGUCUCUCGCGCCGACCAGCAAGUCCUGCAGGACCUCGUCGCACGCACGCUGCCCAAGCUCGCCGGACACCUCGAGGAGCAGUGCGUCGAGUUGACGGCGAUCUCGUUCGGGUGGUUCUUGAGCCUUUUUACAGACAGUCUGCCCAUUCAGACUCUCCUCCGCGUCUGGGACCUCUUCUUCAUCCACGGCACCAUCUUCCUGUUCCGCAUCGCGCUCGCCAUCCUCAAGCUGCACGAAGCCGACCUCCUCGAGUGCGACUCGGCCGCGAGCCUGUACGCUCUCCUCGGGCAGCUCCCGGCGGGCCUGUGGAACGCCGACCGGCUCCUCAAGGUCGCGUGCGAGGACCUCGCGUCGGUCGUCAAGGACCGCGAGGUGUCGAGCCUGCGCAGCAAGCACGUUGCGGCGCUGCAGGAGGAGAUGGGCAUCGGUGAGGGGCAGCUGUAGAAGACGACUUAUCCUCUUGGGCCAGGCGCUCUAGCUUGCUCUCCCUU